AUGUGUUUGGGGAGUGUUCUUCGCCUCGUUCUCGUCUUGUCGACAUUUUGUUUAGCUGUCUACGCUCUCCUUGACAGAUCAAUCAUUGACAGAGCUGAGCUUAACGCUUGGAUCGAACUGCAAGACGAGGAUCAGUCGACGCUCAAGGUUGUUAAGGCUGAUAAAGUCACGUACAGGACCAAGCUGUCAUACAAGAAGGGUGAAGAGUACUGUGAGAAAGAAGACGCUCACUUGACAUCGAUUCGAUCCCAAGACGAAGAAAACUUUAUAGCAGGUUACCAGAAUCAUCUCAUUAACGUCAUGCAACCAGAAGGGAUCACAAAGACUUUCGCAUCAUACGUAAACGUGGUUCCAUGUGAUGAUCUUCCUGUCAACAACCAGCUUUACGUAGUUUGCAGACAGUGA